AUGAAACGCGACCAGCAAGAGACGUCACGAGAGCCCACAGUCCUGGAAACGAGGCCAGCAAUGACAGUCCCUUCGCAAAACUUGGUUACAUGGACGAAUGACGCAGAUUUGGAAAACCCAAGUCCUUUAGCCUCUUCAAUGAUUGCUCCGGCCACAGCGCUCAUCAGCAGGGAUUUGAAGAACGAUUCAGACACGUUCUCCGUCCUUGUAGUUACCUUCUUUAUUCUUGGCUACGUGUUCGGGUCGCUUCUGUUUGGCCGCUUGAGUGAGAUAUAUGGCCGCCGUCCUAUUCUCUUAGCCUCUAAUUUUAUCUUUUCAAUAUGGCAGCUGGGUUGUGCACUAUCUACCAGUAUAAAGAUGCAAAUGGCAUUUCGUCUGCUAGCUGGCUUUGGUGGCUCCGGCUGCAUCGCUAUUGGUGGGGGUGUUAUAUCCGAUGUUUUCGAUCUCAAAGAACGUGGCUUGGCUGUCACAGUAUUCUCUGUGGGACCUUUGGUAGGUCCAGUUCUGGGUCCUAUCGUAGGUGCAUACAUUAGUCAAGACUUGGGUUGGCGAGCAAUCUACUACUUCAUGUUCAUUACGUCCAUGAUAGCAGAGAUAGUCACCUUCUUUGUAGUGAAGGAGUCUAAUCCUCAGACCGUACUUUGUCAAAAACGCGAUCGAUUGCAAAAGCUGACUUCGACACCUCUCUUCCUCGAGAAUGAACUCUCAGCCAUCUCUAGCAAAUCGCCAAUCUAUGACUUGCUCAUAUCUACAAUUCUACCAUGGAAGUACAUCAAGUCUGGUAUUAUGGGACUCAUGGUGCCUCUGUCUUUUUUCUGGUAUGGUUGGGCGGCGGACAAGCAAGUGCACUGGGCCGUCCCGGUAGUUGGUCUUUUGCCUUUCGGUGUUGGGCUGAUAGGAGUCUUUUUGCCCAUUCAGAACUACAUGAUUGAAGCUUUCCCGGAAGUCUCAGCAAGUGCAACGGCUGUCUUGGCUUCUUCGAGGAACGUUGUCGGAACAUUUCUCCCUAUUGUUGCGCCAAGCAUGUGUAAGAUGCUCACUCACUUUCUCUACUUCCUGAAAUAUUUACCGACAUUGAUUAAGAACUAA